AAGUAAACUGCAUAAACUUAAAGUACUGCAGAGAUGAAGAUCGAAGCAGGAAGAAACAUGCCACCGAUGUCCUGGUCGGGAACAUACUGUGUCAUGUGAAGAGACAUGACAAAAACAGCCCUUUUUAAAUUACUUUUGGCAAUAGUGAUUGCAUUCAUUUUACUUUUGCCUGAAUAUUUUAAGACACCAAAAGGAAAUAUAUUGGAGCUAUCAUGUCUGGAAGUGUGUUUGCAACCUAAUUUCAACUAUUCACUCCGCUCUUUAAAUUUUUCUUUUGUGGCUUUUCUGAAACCAGUAAGAGAAUCUCAGACUAUUAUGGGCAUCUUUUUAAAUCACUCCAACUUUCAAAACUUCACCAGGAUUUGCCAAGGCAUCACAAGUGAAUUGAAAAUGUGCUCCUCAUGUUUAGCUUGUGAGUCCAAAAAACGUCUGGAUUUUAUUUCUCAGGAACAAACAUCAAAAGUUCUUAUCAUGAAAGGAUCAACGGAAGUGAAGGCAAAUGAUUUUCGUUCACCUUGUCAACAUUUUAACUUCACUGUAGCUCCUAUAGUUGAUCCCUUGGAAGAAUAUAACAUUACUUGUAAUCUAAAAACCCACAUGAGAAGGCCAGCAAUCAUGGAGGAAGAUUCACCCAAGGAAAAGUCUAUGAACCAUACUUGUAGGACUAUGGAACACCUGAAUAAUUGUACACGUAUUUCCUUGCACCUAGAAAUGGAUGUCAAAAAUUUCACUUGUUCCAUGAAGAUCACUUGGUAUGUUUUAGUUCUAGUCGUUUUUAUAUUUUUUCUCAUCCUCACUCUCCACAAAAUACUUGAAAGCCACAGAAGAAUGUGGAAAUGGCGGAGUAACCACCCAGGCGCCCCUACCUCUGCUCUCUUAAGAGGACAGGAUUCCGAGAAACUGCGAACAUUGAAUGUGCGGGUUAUUUCAGAGACCAAGCAGAGGCUGCCCUUGACUCAGGUCAAGAAAGUGCUUCCUCCAAUACCGGAACUAGAAGUUACUUCCAUGGUGCAUCUGCAAGAUCAGUAUACACGGUAA